UUUUAGGAAAAAUUGAGAAGAUUGAACCUGUACAACUCAGCAUACCAAGAUAUUUUGGACAUUGCUUUACUCUAGCUAUGAGAUCAGUUUCAGGAAGGUUCUGUUCUGUUCCAGCAUGACUGUGCCUCAGUGUACAAAGCAAGGUCCAGAAAGACAUGGCUGGAUGAGUCUGGUGUGGAUGAACACAACAGAUCACAAAUGCAUAACUGGAUGAAUAAGCAAAAAUGCUUGUUUGAGACAUGACUACAAAUGGAAUGUUAAUUCGGUAGAUGAUUUUCAUUCCUCUCCUGUGGUGAGACGUUGAGCAUGGAAUAGUCAUCCAUUUAUCCCAAAAUGACUUUGUUAAUGUCUCAACGAGCCCGAGCCACUAUUGGGACUUUGCUCCUAUAAGAAAGUUUCCAUAUAGGACCAAAGAUCCAGGUUUAAUAACUAAACAUGUGAUAAAGACUGAUUUUGAACAUUCAGCUAACUGUGAAGAUCUUGAAUUCAGGAAAGUCGUCUAACCAAGUGAAUUAAACAACAGAGAAAAUACACACAGAUCAAGACGCUAUUGAACAACAAUGUCCUUCAUGAAAGACAUCAGUCUGUUGGUGAAGAACAAUUUUCUCUCUGGAAUUGAUGUUUUAUCGAGACGUGCGGCACAGAUCACAGUUGAAAUACAACAGGGUGAGAGAACAAACUAUAACAAGGUGCUUGAUUUGUCUUCUGGAGAUCUGCACAGAGGAGGAAUAAAACCCAUCACCUUUGUUCGUCAAGUCCUUGCUGCCUGCUUCUAUCCAGCCCUUUUGGAGGAUGACAGUCUGCCAUUAGAUGUUAAACAAAGGGCAGAAAUUCUCCUUAGUGAAUGUGAUGGUGGAAGCAUAGGCUCAUAUACAGAUUCAAGCGGAAUUGCCAAAAUUAAACUCUGCGUGUCUCAGUACAUUACCAGGAGAGAUGGAGGAGUUCCUUCUUCACCCGAUAAUAUCUUCAUCAAGUCUGGGUCACAGACGGCUCUCAUGAUUAUGCUGAAGCUGCUGAUUCGUAGCAAGGACUCAUGUCAGACUGGUGUACUCAUACCUGUACCCGCAUAUGCUUCAUUUACUCUUGCUCUGGAAGAACAGGGAGCUGCCAUAAUACCGUACCAUUUGUGUGAGGAGCAGGGCUGGACGCUGCAUGUGGAAGAGCUUCGCAAGGCACUUCAUACUGGCAGAAAGACCUGCAAUCCAGUCGCGCUUUAUAUCUGCAACCCAGGAAAUCCAACUGGUCACAUACAGAGUAGGAAAUCAAUAGAAGAAGUGAUCCGCUUCGCUGCAGAAGAAAGGCUGUUUAUACUGGCUGAUGAGGUGUAUCAGAGCUGUGUGUAUGGAGAUGACACUGAGUUUUAUUCCUAUAAGAAGGUGUUAUCAGAAAUGGGCUCUACUAUUUCCAGCACUGUGGAACUGGCCUCCUUCAAUUCGGUCUCUAAGGGCUUCAUGGGAGAGUGUGGGCUUCGCGGAGGCUACGUGGAGCUGGUGAAUCUCGACCCUGCGGUGAGGGAAUAUGCUCGAAGACUUUUUUCCACUAGGUCCUGCCCACCUGUUAUUGGACAAAUUGCACUUGACCUCAUGGCAGAUCCUCCAAAACCUGGCGAUCCUUCAUUCCCCACCUUCUCUGAGGAGGCCCAGUCCAUUAAAAAUAUGAUAUGUAAAAACACUGGUCGGAUUCAGGAGGUAUUUUCUGAGCUGCCGGGGAUCAGCUGCCAGCCGCUGAAGGCUGGGUUUUUUGUCUUUCCAUGUCUACACUUCCCUCCGAAGGCAAUAAAAUGGGCCAAGAAAAGACAGAUGGAACCAGACAUGCUGUACUGUUUGCAUUUGCUGGAGGAAACCGGACUGCAUGUGAGGCCAGGUUGUGAAUACGGACAGAGAAAGGACAGCCAUCACAUCAGGCUCUUUGUGGCAACUCAAGAGAACAUAAUGGAAGAUGCUCUGCAAAGGCUGAAGACGUUCCACAUGCGAUUCAUGAAGGAGUUUUCUUAGUGUCAUCUUUAGAUUAUCAGAUCUGUUUAACCCUUGAAUGAAUAAAUGUUUCACAAAUCAGACCUGUAAUGAUCUCUAAACUGCCCCAAUAGUAUUAAACUGUCCUGAUAUUUUAAUUACAAUUGCAAAGUGGAAAAAUAAAGCAUGUUUCAUUAUGUUUUGGAACUUGGUCGGGUGUUUUGAGCAACUGCUUCCCAUUAACAGGUUACUUUCAGCAUCUGGCUCUUAUUGGGGUCUGAACCUUUCAAUACAUUAUUCUCAAUAAAAAAAACUAUUGUAAUUUGCAUUUAUAUGUUUAAUCCAUACAAUGCAUUGUUGUCUAUUGCUACAAAUAUACCUGUGGUACUUAUGGCUGCUUUUGUGCUUCUGGUACACAUAUUUAGGCAACCUGUACUGGUUAUUAGUCAGGUUUCGGUUAAUUAAAACUUGGCCAUAUAUUAGUUAUGCAGUUUGUGAUGGUUAUAUCUCUUAAUAAACAAUUAUAAAUAAAUAAAUGUGUAUUUUAAGGGUUUGUAAACUUCCAUUUCCUUACUAAAAUGUACUCCGCAAUGUAAUUUUUUAUUUUCAUUUUUAUGAGGGAUAGUGUUCAUAAACUCAGCAUGGACCUGUGCACUCAUAAUAAUGAUGGCCUCAACAGUUGUAUAAAUUAGAUUUUUAUUCAGUGUUAUUAGAUGGCCAUAUAGUGUCAGUGACUCUUGGCUAGUUUUAGCAUUAUGUGUGUCUCACAGUCACCAUGUAUGAAGCGCAUACUGGCUCCAGACAGAGUGUGUGUGUCCAGAAGCUCCUGACCUUGCUCUCUCCAGCUCUGAACGACUCAACUGAAGACCAGGUGACCGCUGCAGCUGGGGCCGUUCAGUAUGGAGUCAAUAUAAUGAUGCAUAUAUAUGCAAAAAAAUUAUGUUUUGCAAACGAAAAAAUAAAUUUGCUAUUUGUGAACAAAAAUAAAGAAUUG